AUGCCCGCGUUUCAUCGGGCCGUUACGGCUAUUUCGCGGCAGGCGGUCUUCAGAGGUGCGCAACGUCAACAUGUUGUUGCACGUUCUAUCAGUGCCUCAGCAUUGAAGUCCGCCAUUGCUCAUCCCAUUACUACUCAUGGCCCCCCACCCAAGGCCCCUUCACCUACAUCUGCCAACCCAGAGCUACUACAGAAAGAUGCGGCCUUGCACCAGAAAACCGAGAAACGUCCGCUGCCAGGAAAACCAUCCGUGCUCAAGAAGCGAUUCUGGAAGAAUGUUGAUGUUAAGCAGAAGCCAGAUGGGGACUAUCAGGUCCUGCUAGACACACGCCCUAUUCGGACACCUUCCAAAGACGUUUUAUCCAUACCGUCAACGAAGCCAUAUCUUGCACAUGCGAUAGCGCUGGAGUGGGAUGUCAUGACCACUGCCCAGCAAGCGCUAAAGAACCACCUCAUCCCUCUAACUUCUCUGACCGCCCGUGCAGCGGAUAUUGCCGCAGAAGAUGCUCGAGGCGAAACUACCACGAGAGAUCAAAUAUUGAAAACAGCGAUGCGGUAUUUGGAAACGGACACCCUGUUGUGUUGGGUGCCGGAGCAGAACGCUUACGCUGCUGAUGAAGUGGAUGCCGAUGGGAAGAAACCGGAAAGCCUCCGAGAGGCCCAAAUUCGGGUCGCUCAAGAUACAAUUGCCUUCUUGAGCACCAAAGUAUGGCCCGGCGUGGACAUCCAGCCUAUCCUCGACACCGAUAGCAUAUUACCAGCCUCUCAGCCUCAGGCUACAAAGGACAUUAUUCUGCAGUGGAUUUCUGGUCUGCAGGCCUACGAUCUGGCCGGACUGGAGAGAGGAAUACUGGCCGCAAAGAGCUUGUUGAUUGCAGUCCGUCUGGUCGCUGAAUGGAGUGAGACGUUUCGAGAGGUGCAACGACCGGGCCGCGAGAGGUUCGGCAUUGAGGAAGCAGCGGAGGCAUCCAGCCUAGAAGUCAGGUGGCAGACCGAUAUGUGGGGAGAGGUUGAGGAUACUCAUGAUGUCGACAAGGAAGAUUUGAAGCGCCAGCUCGGCAGCGUCAUUGUAUUGACAAGUGUUGGAGGCCAGCAAGAGAUGACGGAAAGGGGCGAAGGACACAAACGGUCUCGAAGUUCCCUGGCGCUGGCGCUUUUACACCGCGAUAGGUCGAAGGAUAACCGUGAAGAGCCGGUCGUUCGCGAUAGUGGCUCCUCCGAAUCCGCCACGUCUUCCCUUGCCAAUAGUACUCCAUCCAUAUCUGGAGUUCCAGCUACCCGAAGCUCCAGCCGCCGAAGUACACGCCCUCAAGAGCCAAACCUACGUCCCAUGUCUGCUGAACCGUCACAAGAGCCCGCGGGCCCUCACAGAAGCGGGGAUAACAUUGAGAAGCUACCCUCCAUAUCACAUGCCCAGACCAGUAGCAUGUCUUUAGAUCAGUCAGUCCGGACUUUUCGUCUAUUCGAGAUCUUACGGAGCGGCGACACGAAUGCGAUUUCGAAAGCCAUCAGAGAGACCAAGGAGCCGCAGGGAGCAAAUGCCCUUUCUGGGACAACUAUUCUACACCUUGCGAUUCAAUGCGCUGAGCCGCAAGUUGUCGAAUUCGUGCUGUCCUCCAGCCAGGACCUUGACAUAAACGCGCGUGAUCGGGAGGGCAAUACACCUCUUCAUUUGGCUGCUCAGCUUGGACGAGGUCCAGUGAUUCGCGAACUGCUAAACCAACCCUCUAUUAACGAUUCGAUCAUAAAUUACAACGGCCAAACAGCUCUUGAUAUUGCGCGCACUCCAGAAAUCUUCCAGCAACUUCAGCUAGCUCGCUCACUGUUCAUUGACGUCAAGACCCAAGAGAUCCAAGCGCUCGUUUCUCAAGGAGAAUACGAAAAACUGGAGAAGGCGCUCGAAGAGCCCCGUGUAGAGGGCAGCAUCGAUGUCAACAGUUUAGAUUUGGUAACGGACCCUGCCACUGCCCAGUCUGGGGGCACGUUGUUGCAUGAGGGGGCAAGGAAAAAGGACACACAACUGAUUCAGAUCCUAUUGAUGCAUGGAGCGGAUCCCUUCCGUCGUGACAAGAAAGGGAAAUUGCCUCAGGAUGUGACUAAAGAUGACAAGACCCGUGCGAUCGUCAAGAAAUCUCCAGCAGCAGUCAUCGCACAACGUGGCAUACAGGAAAAAGCCAUUCUCGGCACCAGCGCAGCUCAAGGUGUGCCUGGUCGCUCAGGCGGUAGCGAGGCGCCUUUUGCUGGCAAGGAAGCUCGUGAAAUGAGGGGUUAUCUAAAGAAAUGGACUAAUUAUACAAGUGGCUAUAAAUUGCGAUGGUUCGUUCUAGAAGAUGGUGUGCUGAGCUAUUAUAAACACCAAGAUGAUGCGGGCUCCGCCUGCCGAGGAGCGAUCAAUAUGAAAAUUGCUAGGCUCAAUAUGGAUGCGCAGGACAAGACCCGUUUCGAGAUUCAUGGAAAGUCAUCCGUCAAAUAUCAUCUCAAGGCGAAUCACGUUGUCGAGGCAAAGCGUUGGUUCUGGACUCUAAACAAUGCCAUACAGUGGGCCAAGGAUGAGGCGAAGGAGGAAGAGAAGCGUCAAUCGAAACAUGCUGAAGUACUUCGCCAGGCCAAGAUUGAGCAAGUGGAAGGCCGAUUGUCCGAGACCAUAUCCGACUCUCCAAGUUCAGCUAUUCCAAGAUCCAACGUGAAGAGCCUUGCACCCCCUUCCAUCAAUAUACCAAGUAGCAGUGGCACACGGCUCAGCACGUACGCGUCCCACACAACCGCAGGGAGCGCGCCCGAAGACGAAGAAAGCUCCUUGUACGGGUCAAUGGAGCACGCCGCUGCACCAAAUGAAGUCAAUCGGGUGCUGAGCCAUGUGACCUCGGCGCCAGAUAUUGACGGCGAUGACGAAGAGGACUAUGCGUCCAGUCAUGAUAUGCAGCCCACGGACAAAGAUGCUUUGAACAUCACUGCCCAGUCAACGAAACUCCAGCUUGACAUCCUUGCCAAUGUCGCGUCUUCGCUGCAAGCGGAAAAGUCAAAGAAUCCUGCCACAUCACUCUCCGAUCCAGCAGUUGAUCAGGCUUUAGUUGCUUAUGAAGCAGCUGUGAGUAGUUUACAAGGCUUAGUGCAGAGCCUUUUGAAGAUAUCUCGGGACCGUGAUGCGUAUUGGCAGUAUCGCUUGAAUAGGGAGGCAUACUUGCGCAAGAUGUGGGAGGAAAGCAUGGCAAGGAUCGCUCAGGAACAUGAGGAGCUCCAGUCACGAAUGGGCGAAUCCGAGGAAAAACGUAAGCGUACCAAGCGGGCGUUGAAGGAAGCGUUGGAGUCAACAGCCACGAGCCGUGCAGUCAGUAAAGCUCCGUCGCGCGCGCAGGUUGCCAGUGGAGAAGUUGCCGAUGUCGAACUCGAGACUCAAGAGCCGGAGCCAGCAGAAGUCUCGCCAGAAUUCGAAGAUCGAGAACUUAGAGGUACUCUUCGUCGUAGGAAGUCGGCUAUGUCCAAUAUCAGCACUCUCUAUGACUCGGAGUCUGAGGAUGAAGACGAGUUCUUCGAUGCCAUUGAUUCCGGAGAAAUUGAGGUGGAGAAACUUGCUGGCUCGGAGGACGGCGAACAGAAGCCUCUGGAGGAGACCAAUGAGCUCCGAACCGCGAAGAGAUCUGAAAUUGUGCCUUCGUUCAAGGGAUAUGAAGAACCCAUCCGGCAGAGACUGAAGAUGGAUUACGACAAUAGACCGAAGAUUUCGCUCUGGGGGAUUUUGAAGUCAAUGAUCGGGAAGGAUAUGACGAAGAUGACUCUCCCGGUAUCCUUCAAUGAGCCUACAUCCCUGCUUCAACGCGUGGCCGAGGACUUGGAAUACGCAGAUCUACUUGAUGUUGCAGCGGACCGACCCGAUUCCAUGGAGCGUCUGGUGUAUGUCGCUGCAUAUGCUGCAAGUGAAUAUGCUUCUACGAUUGGCCGUGUUGCUAAACCGUUCAAUCCUCUUCUUGGGGAGACAUUCGAAUAUGUCCGGCCGGACAAAGGGUAUCGGUUCUUUGUCGAACAAGUCAGCCAUCAUCCCCCGAUUGGUGCUGCUUGGGCCGAGUCGCCAAAGUGGGACUACUAUGGCGAGUCUGCUCUGAAGUCCAAGUUUUACGGAAAGUCGUUCGACAUUAACCUUUUAGGGACAUGGUUUUUAAAGCUACGGCCAGCAUCUGGAGGAGAGGAGCUGUAUACCUGGAAGAAGGUCACAUCUUCCGUUAUUGGCAUUAUCACCGGUAGCCCCACAGUGGACAACUACGGCCUGAUGGAAAUCAAGAAUUGGACCACAGGCGAAGUUUGCUAUUUGGAUUUCAAACCAAGGGGCUGGAAGGCUUCAUCCGCAUAUCAGGUGACGGGUAAGGUCGUGGAUCGGGAUGGGUCGCCCAAGUGGAGUAUCGGUGGCCGAUGGAACGAUAAGAUCUACGCGCGCCAUACCCCAGGGUUCGAGGCGACAGUUUCCGGCCAGGAUCCUGAAUCGGCCAAGACGUUCCUGGUCUGGCAAAGCCAUGAUCGGCCGAGCGGGAUUCCAUUCAACCUCACACCAUUCGUCAUCACUCUGAACGCUUUGCCCGAAGGGCUCAAGGAGUGUCUCCCACCUACCGACACACGACUUCGACCCGAUCAGCGUGCGAUGGAGGAGGGUGAGUAUGAUUUAGCCGCCACGGAGAAACAUCGAGUGGAGGAGAAGCAGCGCGCCAAGCGGAGAGAAAGAGAGACGAAAGGCGAGGAGUAUAAGCCCAGAUGGUUCAGUAGGGCCAAGUGCCCGGUCACUGGUGAAGAGUAUUGGGCACACAACGGACAAUACUGGACGAGUCGCGAGAGCGGCGACUGGAGCGCCUGCGAGGACAUCUUCUAA